AUGAAGGGCUCAACGCUGGCGCUGGCCGCGCAGCUGGUGACGUCGGCAUCGGCCUUCACGCUUGUGCAACGCGAAAACCCAAAAGUGGUCAAAUUCGACAUCAAUCGCCGCAAUGUAAACCCUCUCGAACACGAUCGGUUACGUAGGCGCGAUACCGUCCAAGUGACGCUGGACAACCUCGAGACGCUCUACUUCAUGAACGCCAGUUUAGGGACACCCGAACAAAACUUCCGCCUCCACAUUGACACAGGCAGCAGCGAUCUCUGGGUCAAUGCUGCCAACUCCCGCCUAUGCUCAAACAUCGGCCAGCCUUGCUCCGUAGCGGGCACCUAUAACGCAAAUGACUCGUCAUCAUACAACUACGUGAACAGUGUUUUCAACAUUUCGUACGUAGACGGAUCGGGCGCAUCGGGCGACUAUGCUACAGACACGUUCAAACUGAGCAACCCGGACUUGACAGUUGAGGACCUGCAAUUCGGAAUCGGAUAUACAUCGAGCUCUCCGGAGGGCAUCUUGGGCAUCGGCUACCGGGUCAACGAGGUCCAAGUUAACCGUGCAGGCUUGGACCCCUACUCGAAUCUGCCUCAGAAGCUGGUCGAUGAUAAGACGAUCAACACCAACGCCUACUCGCUUUGGCUCAAUGACUUGGAUGCGUCGACUGGCAGCAUCCUCUUCGGCGGCGUCGAUACAGACAAGUUCAACGGAACUCUCAGCACGCUCCCGAUCAUCGCUGAAUCAGACACAUACGCCGAAUUCAUCAUUGCAUUGACUGCUAUGGGCGAGGACGGCGACAAGGGUUCCAUAUUCGAGAACGAGAGUGUGGCAGUGCUUCUCGACUCCGGAUCGUCUCUCAUGUAUCUGCCUGACAACGUCGCCACAGCGUUGUACAGUAAGUACAAUGCGGAGUAUGACUCUUCACAGGGCGCUGCUAUCUGCGACUGUGAUCUCGCGAACCAGGACGGAUCGAUUGAUUUCACCUUCUCAUCCGACGGUCCCACUAUCUCGGUUCCUCUCAACGAGCUUGUACUGGUCAUGGGUUACCAGCGGGGCGAGCCUAUUUGUAUCCUGGGAAUUGGUCCAUCCGGUGACUCGAUCUCAGUCCUUGGCGACACCUUCUUGCGAUCGGCCUACGUCGUCUACGAUCUCGAGAACAACCAAAUAGGGCUUGCACAGACUGUUUUCAACGCCACGGCCUCCAAUGUAAAAGAGAUUGAAUCUGGAUCAGACGGGAUACCCAGCGCUACAUCAGUCCCCAACGCUAUCUCCUCUCUGAGUGUACAAGGCGGCGGUGGCCGCAUUGGCGGUCCCUCAGUCACAGGCUCAAUUGGCGGUAGCAACCCGGAAUCAAGUGGUUUCGGAUCUCCCGCCGCGACUCCAAUGCCAUGGCACGCUGCUGGUGCCGCGCUCGCCGGCGCUGGGCUCAUGAUGGGCUUCAAUGGAUUUUGA